CAAUUCGCGUCUUCGCUCUUUGCUAGGAUCUCUUCUCAACCGAUGUGUCUUGGUUUGUACCUUCAUGUUAGCGCUAGCUAGCAGAAAUGGACGACCCAGACGACGAUUGGGAUGUCGAGGCAGAGCUUCAAAAACAAUUGGAUGCAUUGCAGACUCCAACAGAUGGGGAGCAAACGCCUUCUUCCUUUUCUUCUGAAGAAAGGCUUUGUGGAGCCAAUGAAACGGCGCAUAGCUUCGCUGAUCGUAGUGCCCUUUCUGACGGUGCAUCAGAAGCAGGAGCGGUGGACCAGCAGGCCCGCAAUGACGGUGUUCAGAAGAACAAGAGCUCAUUCAUAAAGUUGGAGGCUCUCCUGAAAGAAAGGGAAAGGAAGCUGGAUGCUUUUCACCUGUCGCUUGGUGAGGUGCUCAAAGAGAGGGCUCAACCCACGGAAGAAGGGUCGGAAGGGCCGAAUAGACGUCAAGCUGCCGCUUCCUCUGAGCUGCUUCACCCCAUCUCCUUUCACGCUCAAACUGAGCCUUUUGCAAAAUACGUAGCAGCUGAGCCACGGUCAGAGCACACACCUGCCAUCGAACCCCAGCUAGCUGCACCAGUCUCACAAAACUCAUCCCCACCAUCAAAAGAAAAAAUAGAUCGAGGGCCUGACGUUGUCUCCACAUCCUGCGUUGAGGGCAGCUCUCGAGAUGCUUCUGCAAGCAACCUAUGGGGUCCGCAACAAUCAGCCAAUUCGGAGGGGUGGUACAAUGCUGAGGCCACCACCAAAAGUAGCCCAAGCGCUGGAGGUGUAUCUGCGCAAAGACUUUUGGUGCAAAUGAACCCUGACUCUGAGGGGAACAGCCCCUCGCCAGUUGCUCAGCAACCGUCUCGAUUGAACCUGGAGCCUCUAGAUGCCAACCAGGCUGGGACAGCCAUGCAGCAGAAUAUGAAGAGUGGUGCAAAGAGAGGGGCGCUGCAAGGUGCGACGGAACUAGAGCGCAGGGAAAUGCAAGAAGUUGAAGAGGCACAAAAGGAAGGCACAGUGGCGCCAGCCAGGGACUUGCGAGCAGAGAUCCUGGACCUGGAUUACCAAGUCCAGCUGGACUCCCUCCAGCACCACCACGACAGGAUGACGUCAGCAAUUGAGCUGGCGCGCCGAGAGGAGCUGACUCGACAAGCGGACGAGGCAGCACGGGAGCAAGCUAGGCGCGCAGCCGCAGAAACUGCGACGAGGAGAAAGGAAGAGGAGCGGAGGCAGCGGCAAGAAGAGAGGGAACGGCGACUACAGGCGAUCCAAGCGCAACUAGAGCGAGCCGCAAGGGAAGCCUUUGCAGCCAAGCGGAUCGUCCGGGCAUACAGGGCCUACCGGACACGCGUCCGAAUCUGCGCCGCCGUCCGUAUCCAAGCUGCCGUUCGGGGGUGCCUUGCACGGCGAAAGUACUUCCUCUCGUGCAGAGAAAACGUCACCGAGUUGCUAAAGCGCUGCGAAGCCCGGAAUGACGUCAGGGGCCUCGAGCGAGGGAGGGCGCGCGCGCGCGCCAUGGGGCUCGGUGACGAAGCGGAAGCCGCCAUCGGAAGGACGCGCUCGCGCGUGGAGGAGGCACGUGCCGCCGUGACGUCAGCGGCGGCUGACGGCAGCCGGGACGAGUUCGAGCGCGCACGAGAGUGGGCGAUCAGCGCAGGGGUGGCGCAGGCGGAGAUCGCUGCCGCUGAAGCAAAUUUUACCGAACGGGUUUCGGCGAAGCUCGCCGGCAUCGAGGGCGGCAUUCAUGAGGGUUUACCGCUCGUAAACCUCCUAGCCCUCAUGCGGGACGCGCGAUCUCUCGGUGUGAAUAAAGGGCGACUCGAUCAAUUUGAGAGAGAUGUCGUAACGAGGGACCUCGCAGCGGUUCGGGAGCUGCAAGAAACGGCCCAGUCGGGAAGCUUUAGAGGUCCCAGCGGGUUCGAGGAAGCCGUGCGGAAGGCUAGAGGGUUUGGGCUGCUGGACGAGGUUGACGACGCAGAGGAGGUUAUGAACCUCAGGAGAGAACGGGUUUUGGAGGGGCUAACCCGGGUUAUCGAGCUGCAAAUUGGGGGUCAGGAAGACUUAACCCGGUUGGUUAGCGAGGCGCUCAGGUUGGACAUGGGCGACGCGGCGAGGGCAGCGGAGAGCAGGUGGGAAGAUCAGGUCAAGAUCUGGAUUAACGAGCUGACCCAGGUUGCCAAAACGGGUUCUAGAGCCCGCUUUGUGUCGCUGACUCGAGCAUUGCGGCAGAGGGGACGGAACGACGGAAUCGAGUCCGCAAAGGCGGCGUUGGCGGAAAGGUUAGUUUUAACCAGGGAGGGGUUAGCGGCGGCUGCUGAGAGGGGGAGCAAAAAGGGAGUUGACAACUGGGUUAAGGAGGCGAGGGAGUUGGAUCUAGUGGGGGAGGUGAGAGAGGCGAAACGAGUGCAGGCGGCGAGAGUGCGUUUGGCGUUGGAGGCUUUUAAGACCGCAGUAAGAGGCGAAUGCGGCAGCGAAGCGGGCAUUCACACCAGCAAAGAGCAGCCGGGCAAAGCAGCUGGCGGGGAAGAGAAAGUGUCAAUAGCCGAACGGGAGGCCGUCGGAUUGGGCGUGCCGGAGAAACUGCUGGCGAAGCUGAGGGUGGCGAUAGAAAGGGAGAAAAGCGUGCGGCUUUGUCGGGACGCCGGCGGUCUCGGAGGGGUCUUCGAGCGCAAUACGAGGGGCGAGCCUAUGUCACGAGAGGAAGUUGCGGGUUGCGAUGCGGCGCGAGAACCUCAGCAUGACGUCAUCCUCACGGCGCUGGCCAUGGGUUCUCAAGGGAAGCAUCAGUUCCUCGCUAAUGCGCCGGGGGGGUGGAACAGCCUGAGUGGGAAGGGGGGGACGGUGGAUGCGUCGGCUGAUGCGCGAGUUGGUUCCGGUUCCGGUGGGCUAGAGGAUUCGAGUGUUUUGGGCGCAGAGAAAGGGGUACCCGUAUGGCCGUACCAAAUGGACUGGAGCGCAAUCGAACGGUUGCGAUGGAACUGGCAGCGGUCAGUUCGAUCUGCGCCGUCGAUCGCCGGGAAAGCUGAAAAGUGUGUACAUAGGCCGUUGGACAAGCAACCAAUGGAAGGCGAAGUCAGCGGCGAGGACGAGGGAGAGGGGGAUCCCUCCAGCGACGAAGAAGGAGACGUGGCGGCCCAGGACGGGCUGCGCUCCCGAAAGUCGCAAGCGGCGCUUGCGGCUCUUGACGCCAGUAUAGCUCGGACUGGGUCCGCGCUAACCGAAGCGGGUUCCGUGCUAACCAAGUCGCUGCUUGAAGCCUUCGCCGGAGGUUUGGGAGCGCUAACCGGGCUGCAAACCCUGGAUCUGGCGCUUGAGGGUUUGCGGAGUUUGGGUCCGAACGGACAGCUCGGAAAGUGGUGUCCGCAGCUGGCAUUCGUCCGGUUAGACGUCAACCGGCUGAAGACGCUCGAGGGGUGUCUGGAGGGUUUGGCGCGUACGCUCGAGACCCUGUCGGUUAGGGAUAACCAGCUGACGUCAUUCCGGGGGUUGGAAGGGUUGUCGGCUCUGCAGGUCCUGCGGUUAGACGCCAACCUCAUCAAGCGGGUCGACUUCGCCCGUAAGAUGGGCGUUGCUGACGUCAGCACGGGUGAUGACGCCAGCAGAACCGGUGAUGUCAGCAAGCCCGCGCCGUUCGCCUGGCCGUCGCUCACGGAGCUCGGCCUGUCGGCGAACCGCAUCGUCAGCGUCCAGGGUUUGGGCGGGGUUUGCGGUAACCUGGAGGUUUUGGAGCUGGCCGGAAACGUGAUCCGGCGGCUCGAGGGCGCGCUACAAGGGCUGCCGAGGUUACGUGUGCUCGACGUGUCUAGAAACCAGCUCCGCGGACUCUCCCUCUGGUUCGAGCUGCGCCACUGCCCGUUGCUGACGUCACUCGUGGCGUCCUCCAACAAGAUCACGGAGCUGCCCUCCCCUUCCGCCCUGCCGGGUUCCGUUCUGCUGCGCGAGCUGUGGCUGAACGGAAACGGUAUCCGGCGCCUAGACGCGCUGAGCUGGCUGCCGAAUUUGCAGAGGCUCUACCUGCAAGACAAUGCGAUUGAGGCCGUUGGACCUUUGUGGGGUUGCCUCAAUCUAGAGGUGCUUGACCUCUCCUUCAACUGCAUCUCCAACCCGGGCGAUCUACGCCACCUCGGUUGCCUCCGCUCUCUGCGUUCCCUUCAGCUUAACGACAACCCGGUAGCUUCCCCCGGUUCCUCUUACCCAUCCGCCGUCCUUUCCGCCGUGCCUUGGCUUCGCGAACUCGACAACGAAGCGGUCACCGAUACGCUGCGAGAAACCGUCCUCCGGAGCCUUUCUACCGGUCGCUCCGGCCUGCUGACGUGUCUGCUGGCGAGGCUGCCGUCAUCCGGGGGAUCCCCCCAGGGACAAAGAGUGAUCACGGUUUCUGAUGGGCCUGAUAGUAUGUCCGAGGAAGUGGAUCUGGACCCGGGGGUGGGUUCGCCAGCGGAAAUUGACCCCCCGGAACGAGUAAAGCUGCUCUGGGAGAGGGUGCUGCGGGCUGUUGAGCUCGGGGAGAGGGAGGGGCAUUUCGCCGGGCGGAGUUCCGCUGCCUCAUCCGCCGGAAUCCGGCACCAGCACUUCUGCGCGGAAUGGAGGGCUCGGCUCGCGCGUUCCACGCGGGAAAGCGCGGCAGCGGCCCCCACGAGCUCGCGGAGUGAGGUUUCCGUUCCGCCGGAAAGACCGGAAUCGGUCACGGCUUCGGAAGCCGGUAUUUCGGACGACGCUUAUGACGGAGUUGGGGGGAUCAAAGACGGGCUGUUCGUCCCCCCCGGAAACGGAAAAGCGCCAAGCCCGCUCCUAAAACAGCUUCAACAGUGCUUUCGAGAGCAUGUGCGAUUCGGGACGGAGGACUCAGACGAGUCCGGAAUUGCAAUCGUGCAACGGAACGAAUGGUACUUCGAGCAAGAGCAAAAAAGGAGAGUCGAGUUCGUCACGAAAGUCCAGGCGCUUUGGAGAGGCAGGCAGGCCCGGAUUCGUUCCGCUCAACUGGCGGAGCAGCGAAAGCUCCGCCAGAGGGCAGCGGAAACAGCGGCCGCGGUGCGCUUCCAGGCGCUCUGGCGGGGCUUCCGGGUGCGGCGAAUGAGGGGGCGACACGUGGCGCGAGAGGCCGCGGCGCGGACAGUGCAGGCGCGUUGGCGGGGCCACUUUUUGCGGAAGAAAAUUGAGCGCGCGAUGGCGGCCGCGAAGUACGUCGACGAAGACGACUUCGACUACGGCGGGGAUAUGGAGGGUUUGCUGACAGGGUUUGGGGGUUUAAGUCGGCCGGUCACCGCGCUAACUAGAGUGGGAAGCGGCGACAAACCCGGUCCGCCGUUGGUUGUGAAGAAGCACGGGUGGGUCGGGCCGGCGGAUCCGAGAGAAGCAAGUGAGCAACGGGACAUGAGCGACGGACGGGUUAGGGAGAGUUCGGGCCUUCCGGAAGUGAGGGGGAGUCCGCUGAUAACGAAGCUGGCUCCGCUGAUGGGGACGGAGCGGAACCGGAACGGAAAGGAAGGGGACGAGAACGGACUUGGCAGCCCUGCGACUGUACACACGUCGCAAAGGGCGACUCUCGAAGAGCACUCCCAAAAGCUGACGUCAGAUUCCCACAGGCUUGGGUCACCAGGUUUUGCUGCUUGGGAACGGUCCCCGCUCCAGCCCAUUCACACCAGCCCGCCUGCCCACAACAAGCCAAGUGGGAAUGGCCCCUCCAGCAGCAUAGUGCCGCUUCCUGCUCUCUCCCCCCCGCGAUCGUCCGACUCGUUCAGCCACAGCGAAAACGCGCGAGAGGGCCGCUUUUCGCUCCCGGAUAUCCGCUUAGGUUCCUCGCAGCCGGAGCCAGCCUGGCGGACCUCUAAAAGGUUCUCGGAGCCAGGAGGAAGGUCGUUGGGCGACCUUGAGGACCCCAACGAAUCAACCCCACGUCAGCUGGAUGAGGAGUCGAGCGUGCGGGGGUCCAUUCAGAGCACGCCACGUGGCCCCCACGUGCCCCGGUCGCAGCGGAAGCUGGAGAAGCAGCGGCAGAGUAUCUCGGAGAUUGCAACAGAAUGGGGUUUCAAAGACGAGGGCACCGCGGCUGCCGCGCUGAGGUCACGUGACCGUCUUCUGCGGAACGGUCAGUUGGAACGCCGCCAGAAGACUUUGCAAGACCCCGAGAAGCGGCUGCAGAUGUUCAAGGCGCAGGCCAAGCAUGGGCCCCGGUUGGGCACCCGGCCGUCUUUGCCAAAAGCGAGGCCGGCUUGGGCGACAGCGUCGGAGCAUUCGGAAGACGACCUUUCAUCGGACGGUUGAGACCUACUGUAAGACUCGGUGACGAUUCGAGCACCGUCUAGAUCAUUCUUCGUAGAAAGGGUUCGAGCAACGUCUAGAACAACUUGGUCAAAAAGUUCGUUGUCUCAGAGAGGUCUCAGGUCGGAAGCAAUAAGACAGUCUAUCCUCUACAGUCCGCACGCUAAACAGGUGAUCGCCUCUUUUUCUGUCACAUAGGAACGGAGGAGCUUAUGUAAAGAUCAUGCAUUUUGAGAGGGUCGUCCUUACUAACUGCAGGUCUGAUGUUUCUUGUCAAGGCACGUCGAUACCGCUGAUGCACGGCAAGACUUGACUUUACACCCAGCAGGUGAAUGCGAUUUUCACAUCGUAGCGGUAUCGACCUUCUCGUAAUAAUGACACGUCAAGGGCCACACAAUUGCUUGCAUAAGGCCGCGCAAUAGUGACAGUUGUACAAGAAUGAACCUAAAGUUCAACACCGG